GGGUGCACGAAGCUCUUCCUGGCGGGAUGAAAGUCGGCAGAUAAAAUAUUAGCAUCAGGUCGCAGCAUUCCUCCCUCCUGGCCAAACUGGCAUUACGACGAUGAGGAGCUGAGCUGCGAUGCCUGGCCGGUGAUGCAAGGCUCGAUUUUUCCAGCACGGUUUUCCCUCGGGCUCCAGGCUCUCCCGCGGGUGCAGCUCGGGGUGGUUUGGGUGUGGAGCUCCGCCAGCCUCCACCCGCUCAGGAUCCGGCCCUGCAAGCUGUGGAGUUGCAGUCACAGUUGGAGCUUUCUUGGGGCUUUCUUGGUGUCCCAUCUCUGUCCUCCUCUCCCGCCUUCGCUGAGCCCCAGCUCCUCGCCCGGAGGAAGGGUGCACGUUGUGGGCAUCUCCCAUCCACCAAAAUCUAUGAUCAGCUCGGUGUGUGUCUCCUCCUACCGUGGACGCAAGUCUGGGAACAAACCACCCUCCAAAACAUGCCUGAAGGAAGAGAUGGGCAAAGGGGAAGAGUCGGACAAGAUCACCAUCAAUGUAGGUGGCACCCGGCAUGAGACCUACAAAAGCACCCUGCGGACUUUGCCGGGCACCCGCCUGGCCUGGCUGGCCGACCCCGACGCCCAGAGCAACUUUGACUUUGAUGGUAAAAGCAACGAGUUCUUCUUCGACCGUCACCCCGGGAUCUUCUCCUACGUGCUCAACUACUACCGCACCGGGAAGCUGCACUGCCCCGCGGACAUCUGCGGGCCGCUCUUCGAGGAGGAGCUGACCUACUGGGGCAUCGACGAGACCGACGUGGAGCCCUGCUGCUGGAUGACCUACCGCCAGCACCGCGACGCCGAAGAGGCCCUGGACAUCUUUGAGAGUCCCGAGCCUGGUGGAGGGGCUGGUGGAGAGGAGCCUGAAGAGGAAGGGGGUAGGGAGAUGGCCCUUCAGCGCCUGGGCAUGGAUGACAGGCCCCCAGGGGCGGCAGGGGCUGCUGGAGGGGGUGGCUGCUGCCGGAACUGGCAGCCCAAGAUGUGGGCGCUCUUUGAGGAUCCCUACUCGUCCAAGGCAGCAAGGGUGGUUGCUUUCGCCUCACUUUUCUUCAUCCUGGUCUCCAUCACAACCUUCUGCCUGGAGACACACGAGGCCUUCAACAUCGACGUCAACGUGACGGAGACCCUGGUGGUUGGCAACACCACGACGGUGCUGCUGACCCACAAAGUGGAGACGGAGCCCAUCCUCACCUACAUCGAAGGGGUCUGCGUGCUGUGGUUUACCCUCGAGUUCCUGGUUCGCAUCAUCUGCUGCCCAGAUAAGCUUCUCUUCAUUAAAAACCUGCUCAACAUCAUUGACUUCGUGGCCAUCUUGCCCUUCUACCUGGAGGUGGGUCUCAGUGGCCUGUCCUCCAAAGCUGCCCGGGACGUGCUGGGCUUCCUACGGGUGGUGCGCUUCGUCCGCAUCCUCCGGAUCUUCAAGCUGACACGGCACUUUGUGGGUCUCCGGGUGCUGGGCCACACGCUCCGGGCCAGCACCAACGAAUUCCUGCUCCUCAUCAUCUUCCUCGCCUUGGGGGUCUUGAUUUUCGCCACCAUGAUCUACUACGCCGAGCGGAUCGGAGCCAAGACGUCCGACCCCACCGGGAGUGACCACACUCACUUUAAGAACAUCCCCAUCGGCUUCUGGUGGGCCGUGGUCACGAUGACGACCCUGGGCUAUGGUGACAUGUACCCCAAGACCUGGUCGGGGAUGGUGGUGGGGGCCCUGUGCGCCCUGGCCGGGGUGCUGACCAUCGCCAUGCCCGUGCCCGUCAUCGUCAAUAACUUUGGGAUGUACUAUUCGUUGGCCAUGGCCAAGCAGAAGCUGCCAAAGAAGAAGAAAAAGCAUAUACCCCGUCCGGCCCCGCUGGACUCCCCCACCUACGGCAAAUCCGAGGAAAACUCGCCCCGGAACAGCACCCAGAGCGACACCUGCCCAUUGGCAGUGGAGGAGGGGGUGACUGAGAGGAAACGGUCAGACUCCAAGCAGAACGGUGAGGCCAACGUGGUGCUGUCGGAUGAGGAGCAGCCGCUGUCGCCGACGGACGAGGAGAAGAGGCCAAUGCGGCGCUCCAGCACCCGGGACAAGAACAAGAAAUCCUCCACGUGCUUCCUGCUGGCCACGGGGGACUUCUCCUGUGCAGCAGAUGGAGGCAUCCAGAAAGAUUCCUGCCAGGACACCCUCGCUUCCAGUUACCCCCAGGGUGAGGUGGUCACCUUCUCCUGAGCCCCAGCUGGAUGCAGGCAGAGCCCUGGCGAGGGACGCCUGCCCCAGGGGAAGGAUGUGUAUCCCGAGGGAUGCCUUCCCCAGGGUGGAAGGAGGCUCUCCCUGGGGCCAAGGGUUGCUCUUCCUAAGGCUAAAGGAUGCAUUCCGCCAGGGAUGCUCUCCCCAAAGCCCAGGGAUGCUUUCCCUCAGGCUGGGACAUGCAUUCCUCCAGAGAUGCUCUCCCUGGGGCCAAGGGAGAUGCUCUCCCCAAGGCUGAGGGAUGUCCUGCCUAAAGCCCAGGGAUGCCCUCCCCAAGGCUGGCACACGCAUUCCUCCAGGGAUGCUCCCCCAAGGCCAGGGGGUGCUCUUCCCAAGGAGCUUUCUUUCCCCAAAGCUCCAGCUCCAUCCCUGGGUGGGUUGGCAGCUGGGUCCCCCGAGAGGUGCCACAGAGCAGCAGGGCCAGGAGGAAGGUUGGGGACAGCCCCAUUCCCCUUCCUGGUGCCAGCCCUGCCACGGCCACACUGCCCCUGCACCCCCUGGGCUGCCCCCUCCCCUUGCCCACGCUUCUGGCUGCACCUCACCCUCCACCUCUGGAGAUCCAGCUGCUCACCAGGACAUCUCUGCCCGUGGCUGUGCCCAUGCUCUGACCCCUCCAUCGUCACACGGCCACUGGGAACCCUCCCACAGGGUGCCAAAGGCUCCACUCCGGGUGCCACCAUCGCCCCCUCCCACGGGUGCUGAUCCCAGGGGCACGGGGGGCCCAGUGGGGUGGUUGGGGUGCAGGGAUGGGGAUGGGAAGCAAUAGGAGACCGAGGUGUGGGGAUCUCGGCUGGCCUGGAGGGGUCAGGGUCCUUCCAACGCUGUUCCAUAUCUCUGUGACCAAGGCAAUACUACUCCUGUCUCCGUCUGUCCUGUUCGCAUGCCUGUCCCACGUACCGAGUUCCAAUAAAGUCAUCCAUGAGCUGAGUCAGCUCCCGUACCC